GUAGUAUAUCGUAUUAUUUUCUAAGACGUUCAAUACGACGUACAUAUUAAUAUACAAAAAUCGAUUAGUUAAACAUAUUUAUUUAAAAUAUUAUCUAUUACGUUACUUAUUUUAUAGAAAUAACGAUAGAAAAAUUUCGGUAUUUCGUUACUUGGUUAGAAUGUUCGAAACUUUCGAAGUUGAGAUUUAAUCGCUAGAUGGCACUGCACUGCGUCAUUCAUAUCGAGUUCAUUCAUUCAUAAAAAAAUGGCUGCAGAUAAUAAUACCGUGUCGUUCAAGACAGCGCCAGGAUUUUGUCCCGAUUGUGGAUCGAUUCUUCCUCUGCUAGGUGACAAGGGCAACGUAUCUUGUUAUUCUUGCAAACGAAGUUGGGGACAUGAAGUUUUUGGUGAUAUGGCUAUGACUUAUACUAUACCUUUUAAAUCAAAGAGUUUUUACUCUCGUGCAAAAGAGAUCGAUGACAAUGAUCAGGGUGACGAUGGUCCAAUAGUCGAACGUCGAUGUCCACAGUGUCAAAAUGAAAAAAUGUCAUAUGCAACAUUGCAAUUAAGAUCAGCCGAUGAAGGACAAACUGUGUUUUACACAUGUACCAAGUGCAAAUUCAAAGAAACAGAAAAUUCGUGAUUUGGAUAUGUUUUGGGUUUUUGUUUCUUCAAAGUAAAAAAUUUCAAAUAUGGUA